AUGGACGACUACUUCGAGUGGUACAAUAUGAGUGACAUACAACAUGUUCGUUUUACCAAGAUGAAGCUCGUAGGAUCUGUAAAGAAGUAUUGGCAGUACGUCCAAGUGAACCUUGAACGCUUAGGGCAACCUCCUAUCACUACUUGGGAGGAGAUGAAGUUGAAGCUUAAGGAAAAGUACGUGCCGGUCAGUCACUUAAGCACGCUUUUCAACCAAUUGAACAGCCUCAAGCAGGGAACCUCAUCGGCAGCCGACUACGUCUCUCGAUACGAUGACCUUCUAAUUCACAAUGACUUAAAUGAGCCGAGUUUUGUGGUUAUUGAGAGGUUCAUCAGCGGCCUUAGGGAUGACAUACAGAGGGAGCUCAGAGUAAACCGUCCUUACACUUUAGAGGAAGCAUAUCAUAAGGCUAUCGACAUUGACUUCCUACCUAAGUAUCCCUCCUUCAGGCGUCCCAGCUUCUCUGGAUUAGAGUCUCGUCCAACACGUAGCUCUGCUGUUUCGGCCAAUCAACGGGUAAGUCAACAACUUUCAGGGCCAAGCGCUUCUAGACCAAGAGAGUCAUCAACCUCAAACGCUCACACAGGUAGCUCAUCAAUAGAGUGUUUCAAGUGUCACUCUAAGGGACAUAUCGCUUCAAAGUGCCCGCAACGUGCGUUGCUUAUCGAAUCUCAAGAUGAUGCACUACUCGAGAGUGAGCCAAAUGUCGUCAUUGACCCUGUCGAUAUUCCUUCUAAUGUGGACGAAGAAAUUAAUUGUGAUGACAUGCCAUCAGGUCAUCUUGGAGUGAUGCGAUGCCUCCUGACUGUCCCAACGCUAGAUAACUCAUGGAAACGGAACAACAUCUUCCACACCUUCGUGAAGUGCGGUGAUAAGUCAUGCAAGUUGGUUAUUGAUAGUGGAAGUGAAAGGAACGUGAUCUCUAGUCAAGGUGUUGCUCGUCUUGGACUUAAGACAAAGCACAUUGCUAAGCCUUUCAAAGUUGCGUGGGUCGACAACACUUCAUUGCUUAUCACUCAGCAAUGUCGUGUCCCACUCCAUUUGGGCGACUACAAGGAAGAUGUUUUGUGUGUCGUGAUCCCUAUGGAUGUGUCUCACAUUCUUUUAGGAUGCCCGUGGCUAUAUGACCAUGAUGUCACUAUCCAGGGCCGAGCAAACAACCACAUCUUCAAGCAUGAGGGCAAGACCAUCUUACUUCGUCCUGCGAAGCCUGAGCCUAAAGCAAAGGGUCCAGCCGCCAUGAAAGAAUCCACCUCUAAGCCUAUCAACCUUCACCUCCUUACGGAGAAGCAGUUCAUCGAAGAAAGUAGAGAGGUUGAUGUCAUCCUUGCUGUUGUUUCCAAAGUCCUCUCUCCUCCUACACCAACACCUGACAGCCUUCCAACAGAAGUGACCCAACUCUUGGAUGAGUUUAAAGAUGUUGCACUUGAGGAGUUACCUCCUGACUUGCCACCCAUGAGGAACAUCCAGCACGCGAUCGAUUUGGUUCCAGGAUCACAGCUCCCCAACCUUUCACACUAUAGGAUGAACCCUAAAGAUCGGGAAGAGCUCAAUCGUCAGGUUAAUGGCUUGUUUGAGAAGGGCUAUAUCCAGCAUAGCCUCAGUCCUUGUACUGUCCCUGCCCUUCUGACUCCGAAGAAAGACGGCUCGUGGAGAAUGUGUGUUGAUAGUCGAGCCAUCAACAAGAUAACUGUUAAGUACAAGUUCCCGAUCCCUAGGUUAGAGGACAUGCUUAAUUUAGUAUCUGGAUCUAAAUGGUUCUCCAAGCUCGAUCUUCACAGUGGUUACCAUCAGAUUCGAAUCAACCAGGAGAUGAGUGGAAAACUGUGUUUAAAAUGCAAGAUGGACUAUACGAGUGGCUCGUUAUGCCAUUUGGCUUAA